AUGUCUGAUCACGGUGAUUGGGGUGAUUCAGCCGACGACGAUGGCAGCGAACUGAUCCGCACCCUGUCGCGGCUGGUGCCGUUUUCUGAUGUUGAUGUGUCCAGUGAAUCUGAGGAAUCCAGUGAUGUGGAUCUUGAAACCGUGUCCGAGAAGAACUACCACAGUGAUGGGAAAGCCGCGCCUACCUACCUCGCUGCUGCGAAGAAGAACCUACCUGAGGAGGAGUGUGUUGAAGAGGUGUCUUUUCGCCCUAGUUAUCUGUCAGACUUCGAGAAAGAACAUUUCCACCGCGAAAACGUUAUGCCUGACCGGCCCUACACCGCGUUCUUCACUGCUCCUUCUGCUGCUUUUACUACGAAGGACAUAUUUGAUGCUCUGUUAACUGAUGGCAUUCCCGCCUCCGCCGUCUGUUGCUUGCAGAGAUCUCCGAAUGGCAACGUGUUGAUUACGUUCGCGUCCAAGCGUUACCGCGAUUUGUUCCUGCGUCGGUCCUCCUUUGUGGUACGGCGUGGUCGUUUCGUUACGCACCCUGGCUCACGUCGCCUUUUGUUCGUCACCAUUUACAACGCGCCACACGAGUUGCCCGAUUCGGCGAUUGAACAUCGUCUUGGCAAGUACGGCAGAAUCUUCUCAUCUCGCCGUGGCAAAGUUCCUGGAUAUCCUGACGUCUUCAACGGUCUCCGCCACCUACGUAUGGAUAUACUGUCCCAUAUUCCGUGUUUCUUGCGUUUUGGUAAAUACCAGAUCCGCGUUAAGUACGACGGCCAGCCGACCACAUGUCGUCGUUGUAAUUCUCGGGACCUCCUUUUCAAGGACUGCACGAACGAGGUCUGCCUUAAUUGCGACCGUAUUGGUCACCACGCCAGGAUGUCUCCGGAAGACAUGCGCUGUUGUAUUUGCAAGGAGGAGGGUCAUCUAGCCAUAGAUUGUCAACAUUCUUGGUACCGACGGCCCCCGCCUUCCUUAGGUCUUUUUCCGGAGACUGUAACUGGGGAUCCUGUGGAAUCUGCUCUUGCUCCUACCGCGGAUACUGUUGCUGAGAGCCCUGUGGAGUCUGCUCCUGCUCCU